AUCAGAGAAACAAAAAAAAGUUUGUGUUUAAUGAUUUCAAAGUGACAUUCAAGUCACGGUAUUAUUCCCGAGGAAUUACAUUAGAAGCGCGUUGAAGAUAGAUUUAACAUUCUUUUAAGUUGUCCAAAGGAGACAAAGACGCAAAGGUUUUCCAGAAUGGCCAUGAGAUGUGACACCAGAGAGGAGGUUGAAGUGGAGGAGAACUUUGGGCCUCAACCACUGAGCAGACUGGAGCAAUGUGGGAUCAGUGCAAGUGACAUCAAGAAGCUGGAGGAGGCUGGCUUCCACACGGUAGAGGCAGUGGCUUAUGCACCGAAGAAGGAACUGCUGAACAUCAAAGGAAUCAGUGAAGCUAAAGCUGAGAAACUUCUGGCCGAAGCUGCAAAACAGGUACCAAUGGGGUUUACUACAGCCACAGAAUUCCAUCAGCGUAGAGCUGAGAUCAUCCAGAUCACCACAGGAUCCAAAGAGCUUGACAAGCUGCUACAAGGUGGGAUAGAAACUGGUUCAAUUACAGAAAUGUUUGGAGAGUUCCGAACAGGAAAGACCCAGCUUUGCCACACUCUAGCAGUGACUUGUCAGUUGCCAAUUGACCAAGGUGGUGGAGAGGGAAAAGCCAUGUACAUUGACACAGAGGGGACCUUCCGACCCGAGAGACUGUUGGCAGUUGCAGACAGGUAUGGAUUGGUUGGCAGUGAUGUUCUUGAUAACGUAGCCUACGCCAGAGCAUUUAACACAGACCACCAAACCCAGCUGUUGUACCAAGCCUCGGCAAUGAUGUCAGAAUCUAGGUAUGCUUUGCUUAUAGUGGACAGUGCUACAGCCCUCUACAGAACAGAUUAUUCAGGGAGAGGAGAGCUUUCUGCACGACAGUGUCACCUGGGCAGGUUUCUGCGUAUGCUGCUGAGGCUUGCAGAUGAGUUCGGCGUAGCGGUGGUGAUCUCUAACCAGGUGGUGGCUCAGGUGGAUGGUGCUGCUAUGUUUUCUGCAGAUCCAAAAAAGCCUAUUGGAGGCAACAUCCUUGCCCAUGCAUCAACUACUAGACUGUACUUAAGAAAAGGCCGUGGUGAGACCCGGAUAUGCAAGAUUUAUGAUUCUCCUUGUCUCCCAGAGGCUGAGGCCAUGUUUGCUAUUAAUCCAGAUGGAGUUGGUGAUGCAAAAGACUGAGCUGCUUGCAACUGUAGAACUUAGAAGCAGUUGUCAGAAAUUAACAUUGGUCUUUUUUUUUGCAUUAAGGACGCUAUUUAACAGUUUGCAUUGCUUGUCCAACAUGAUCUGUCGAAGAUGAUUUUUUACCCUUGUCAAUUUUACUCUUUGUAAAACACAUGAGUGAACACAUAGAUGUGUGAAGGCCCUUUUAUUGAAGAAAUGGUAGUUCUUGCCUGUUUUGCUAAAGAAGUUUAAUAUUGAGAUGUUCGGGCUAAGACAACAAAGGUGUAUAAUAGACUUUGCUGAAGAAUUCAUGUUGAAUAUUGUGCUCUGAAAAGGUAAUGAAUUACUAUGUAGUUACUGUUUUGGACAGUGUUUUGGACAGAGAAAAGCAAUGAUAACUGCAAAAUCUCGAAGACCUUGAGGUUUUCUUUAUUUUUCCUCUGUAGGUAUGGAAGGAAAUUGUCAUUUUUUUUGUUUCCCUUUUAUGUUUUUGUUAUAUCACCUUCCUUUGUAUAUAUAUGAU